CUUACCAAAACCGUUUGUCAAUUGACGUAAAAUUUUUUGAUUUUCGUUUUAUAGGGAAAACGAACGGAGUUCUGCUUUUUAAAUAAAGUAGGUUUAUUUUACAAAUAAAUGAGAAAAUAUCUAGCCAGGGACUAAUACUUUAAAACAAGUUUCGAAUGAGUAUUAUGAAUCGCAUGCUUCGACAACUCAGGAAUCCUAUAAAUAACUCUAUUGCACUGAUUGGUAUAAGGCAUGUCUCCGAUAAGCAGCUCAGUCCAAAAAUGCAGGAGUUCAAAAAAAAAUUACGUGAAAAGACACCAAUCGGUAAAUUGGAUGAACCUCUAGCUAAACACCCUUAUGAGGAGAAGGAACCACUGCCACCAUGGCCACAUAAUACUAAUCCACAUACUGGUGAAAUCGGUGGUCCAAAAGGGCCUGAACCUACCAGGUACGGUGACUGGGAAAGAAAAGGCAGAGUUACUGACUUUUAAUUUAUUAUUUUUGUUGUCAUGAUUUAUCAUCAGUUUUGUUAAAUAUAUUUUUUCGUGAGAACACAUGUUUAAAUUA